GUUUCGUAUGGUCUUUCUUUGACUUCAAAAUGGGGUUUUGCGUAUCAUCCAAUUCUCUGUUCACACCUGACAUUUUCUUUCUAAGGCAUCCAUUGCCUCCCCCUGCAGUAUAGCACAUUCUUUCACAAUUCUCUCCAUUAAAAUAAAAUUUCUCGUUGUUGUGGGUUUGAAAACGAUGAAAAAGAUUCCUUUCUGGUUCAGGGAAAAUUCCAUAUAAAAAAAAACUUUUUCUUUUGUUGGUUUGCCCGUUUUGUGUUGGAAAGGUAAAAAAGGGCAACGUGGAAUACUUUUGUGUUUGUUUAUUUGUUGCGGAAGGUGUUGGUUUUUGAGCUUUUAGGUUUUUUCAUCUGAUCAAAUUUCUCAUUGGGUUCGUGAGCUGCUGUAUAAUCCUCUCUAUGAAGUUGAAUUAUCUGUGUUCAUGAGACAGUAGUUUAUUUCAAAAUGGGUUGGCUGAGCAAAUUUUUUAAAGGAUCUAAUCACAAGGUUUCAGAAGGACAACAUGUUUUGAGCUAUGGUGGACACAAGGAGGAAAAUCAUCCAUCUACUUCAUGGGACCCAUUGUCGGAGAUUGAAGAUAUAGACCAUGCUAUCGCAUUGUCGCUUUCAGUAGAUGACCAAAAUGGUAAAAGUGUACCGGAUAAAGAAAAACAGUUAAAUGAAGAUGAACAGCUUGCCAGAGCUCUUCAGGAGAGCUUGAAUCUCGAGUCCUCAUCACUAUGGAAAGGAAAUAUAGAUAAUCAUGGACGUGGGGGUCGUUAUGGAAAUGGAAACUAUUAUCAACCUAUCCCUUUCUCCAAUGCAGGAAGUUUCAGGAUAUGUGGUGGGUGCAACAAUGAGAUUGGCCAUGGGCGAUUCUUGAAUUGUAUGAGUGCUUUAUGGCAUCCAGAGUGUUUCAGGUGCCAUGCAUGCAACCGAGCAAUAUCUGAUUAUGAGUUCUCUAUGUCCGGGAACCGUCCAUAUCACAAGACUUGUUAUAAGGAGUAUUUUCAUCCAAAGUGUGAUGUAUGCAAACACUUUAUCCCAACAAAUGCAGCAGGUCUUAUUGAAUACCGUGCACACCCUUUUUGGUCCCAGAAGUACUGCCCAUUUCAUGAGCGCGAUGGAACACCACGCUGUUGUAGCUGUGAGCGGAUGGAGCCACAUGAAACAAAUUAUGUUGCCUUAGGUGAUGGUAGGAAACUCUGUUUGGAGUGUUUGGAAUCUUCCAUUAUGGACACCAAUCAGUGUAACCCCCUUUACCUUGAUAUACAAGAAUUCUAUGAAGGGCUAAAUAUGAAAGUGCAUCAGAAAGUCCCAUUGCUAUUGGUUGAGAGACAAGCCUUAAAUGAAGCUAUGGAUGGAGGGAAACAUGGGCAUCAUCACAUGCCUGAGACAAGAGGACUCUGCCUUUCCGAAGAAAGAACAAUCAGCACUAUACUGCGUGGGCCAAAGAUAGGGGCUGGAACUCGUACCAUAGAGAUGAGAAGAGAACCAUUUAAAUUAACACGGCACUGUGAAGUGACGGCAAUACUAAUCUUGUAUGGUCUUCCUAGGUUAUUGACAGGAUCCAUCUUAGCGCAUGAGAUGAUGCACGCGUGGCUUAGACUUAAAGGUUAUCAAACUCUUAGCCAAGAUGUGGAAGAAGGCAUAUGUCAGGUUUUGGCUCACAUGUGGCUGGAAUCACAAAUUUUGUCACUUUCAAAAGUCAAUGGUGCAUCAUCAUCUUCAGCACGCUCAUCGCUGACUGGACCACAAUUUGAGUUGAAACUUGGCGAGUUCUUUAAACACCAGAUAGAGUCAGACACAUCUCUGGUAUAUGGAAAUGGUUAUAGAAGCGGUAACCAGGCAGUACUUAAGUAUGGUUUGGAGAGGACAUUGGAACAUAUUCGAAUGACAGGCACCUUUCCUUGUUAACAUUAUAAUUUAUAUAUCAAUUUGUUUUUUACUUUAAUUCUUCAUAAAUCAUUGUUACUUUCCUUUUGCCUGUGACUGGUUCAUAUUGGCUUCCUGGACUCACUAGUUCAUAUUGGCUUGCCUUCCUGGACUCACUGAUCCACCAUGCAGCUACUCUAGGAUUUAGAAAUUCUUAACCUUUGUGCUGUUCCAAAAGGAAAGAUUGAUUUGUCA